GGGGCCGGGGCCGGGGCCGGGUGGGGGCUCGGGCUGGUCCGGAGCUGAGCAGAGCAGCGGGGACCGGGACCUGUUUCCCCGCAGCAGCGGGGCUGGGGUCCCGCAGCCCUGCGCUGCCGCUCUCCUCCAGCGCCAGCGGAGAUGCUGCUUGCCCGCAGCCGCCUGGGGCUGCUGCUCCUCGGGGCGCUCCUCACUUUCCUCCUGUACCUCUUGCUGCCGGCCGCCCGGCGCUCACGGCCUGACGAGGGGAAGUGGGGUUGGCGGGCGGCCAACGGCACGGUGCGGACGGGGAUGGCUGCGGAAGAGCCCCCCGUGUUCUACAGGGAGGUUCCCGCAGCAGCUGUGGGCUCCGGGAGGCCUGAUGUCCUGUUCCUGCACGGCCAGGCGUUCACCUCCAUGACGUGGGAGGCCUUGGGCACACUGGCACUGCUUGCUGGAGAAGGGUACCGUGCGGUCGCAAUAGAUCUGCCCGGCUAUGGGGAUUCACCCCCAGUGGAGAUGGCGCUGACAGCACAGGGCCGCAAGGCUUUCCUGGACCGUGUUCUCCAGGAGCUGGGCAUGCAGAGGCCUGUCCUCAUCAGCCCCUCCAUGAGCGGCCGCUUUGCCCUGCCCUUCGUCCUGGCGCACGGGGACCGGCUGGCCGGCUUUGUGCCCAUCGCACCCGUGGGCACCAAGGACUACACUGCUGAGCAGUACCGGGGAGUCCAGACACCCACCCUGAUCCUGUAUGGUGACCAUGACACUGGCCUGGCUCCCCAGGCCCUGCAGAACCUCCAGCACCUCCCUAAUCACCGUGUGGCCGUGCUGUCUGGUGCUGGCCAUGCCUGCUACCUGGACAAGCCAGAGGACUUCCACCGGGCCCUGCUGGGCUUCCUGCACCAGCUGAAGUGAGCACCGCCUCCUCCCUGCCAAGCCGAGGGGCUGGGGCGUCCGGGGGGCUGGGAGGCACAGACAGCUGGCAUGAGGGAUGCUGUUUCCUCCUGGGGUAUCCCCAGGAUGGCGGGGGGUGGGACCGGAGGUGUCCCUUGCUGGCAGGACAGGGUGUCGUCUGUCACGAGGCCAAUAAACUGAUGCUG